AGGCGCACGAAUCGCACGGCCCCUCGCCCGUCCCGGCGCUACGUGUCGCUGCGUGUUGCUGCGUGUCGCGUCGGUACGCCCCAGGCCGGCGUGCUGCGCGUGCUGCUAGUGCAGCCAGUGCGCGAGUGGUGCAAGUGUCUAGUGUAUGUGAGUGCGAGCGCGUGGGCGUUUGAUACAGGUGGCCCCGCCCCCCAGCGAGCGCGAGCCGGUGGAAUGCAACCAGUGUCCUUGCAGUGAUUUGCUUCGAGGGUUAGAGAGAGGAGGAGGAUGUCCGUCGGGAUGACCGUGGCGUCUGCCGUACGCCGUGCCGGCCGUGCCUAGCGACGCCGUGCCCUGCUGUAAGGACCGGUCCGGAACGCAGGCCCUUCCUCCCUUCCCGGAAUGAGCGUGGAUCCCCGGAGGAGAAACCAGCGCCCGGAGCAGCAGCAGCAGCGUUGAGCAGCGCCGACCGGCCGGCCACCAUCUCCAGCACCGCCAUGGCCUCGUCCGCGUCCUCGCCGUCCUCGCUGUGGGCGGCGGCGGCCGUCCUGGCCUGCUGCGCGCUGCGCGUGGACGCCGCCGAUGCCUCCACGGACGAGUGCUUCUCGUCGGCCAGCGUCGUCGGCGCGGUCCUCGGGACUGCCAUCGUGCUGCUGGGCCUGGAGGGCGGCGCCUACAUGCUGUGGAGGCUGUACUGGCGCAGCCGCAGAGGUCAGCAUCUGGUGCUGGUCACGGACCCCGAGAAGGGCGGCGACUACGCCUUCGACAACCCCUGCUUCAAAGAUGCCACCCCCGUGUCCAAGUCCGUGCUGGAGCCGGCCAAGGCGGACCAAAAGAACAACAAGUGGACGUCCUGGGGCGGCCUCGGCGCCAUCCGCAACAACCUGGGCGGGCUGCAGGGCGAGAAGCGCAGGGCCAUGGACGACUCGUACACGGGCGCCACCACGGAGCCGCAGGUGACACAGGUGCUGCUGCGCAGCCACGACUUCACCGGCCUGGGCUUCAACAUCUGCGGCAACAUGCGGGACGGCAUCUUCGUCAAGGACGUCCUGCACCGCGGCCCCGCGUCCGAGUCCAAGCUCAUCUUCCCCGGCGACCGCAUCCACGGCAUCCGCAUCAGCCUGCGCCACAUGGUGUUCGAGGACGCCCUCACCAUCCUGUCGUACGCUUCGCCCUACGAGGUGACCCUCGAGGUGGAGACCGGCACGGCCUCGGGCGCGUCCUCGCGGCCGUCGUCGCUGCUGCGCCGCGAGAAGGAGAAGGAGGCCCUGGCCAGCCUGGCGGCCGCGGACCGCAUCGUGCACCCGUUCUACCGCAGCCAGUCCAUCGCGGACCUCGCGCAGAUCGGCAAGGCGACGCACAAGCGCGCGCACACUGCGGACUCGCCGUCGCGCAGUGAGCACGGCGACUACCCGACCCUCAAGCUGCACAGCGCGCAGACCAGCCCCGCGCACGCGCAGGCCGUGCAGGCGGCGCACGGCCCCACGCUGCACACCAGCACGCCGCACGCGCACGCCGCGCACGCACGCCUCGAGCAGGCCGCGGCCGUCAUCAAGCCGGAGCGCACCAGCGUGCACGCCGUGCACAAGCUGGGCGUGCGCGUGCUGCCCGCCGCCGGGGAGCCCACGGAGAAGCGGCAGAACGUGCACAACACGUACCUGGAGCGCGGCAUCGACGUGCCCGACGGCUACAACCCCUACGCGCCCGCCCAGCCGGCCCAGCCGGCCCAGCCCCCAUCGCCGCAAGAAGGCUUCCACGACGUGGACCUCGGCGGCGACAAGGCCUCGGCCCCGGAGGAGCACCACAAGGUGGGCGUCGUCGCUAAGGAAGUCAAGACCAAGAUCAGCAAGGGUUUCCACAAUCUACUGCACUCGUUGGACCGCCACAAGAAGAACGCGCCCGCCGCGGAGGCCAGGCCAGCAUCACCGUCGCCCUCGCCCACUGCGGACACCACCAACGCCUCGAUGAUCGUCAACACGUCGCUGGCCUCUGCCGACUCCGAGGUGAUGACGCGGAAGCCGAGUGGCAGGGGCAUCCCGACCGAGAUCCCAGAGGAGGUCCGCCUGGCCGCCAUGGCCGCCAGGAGCAACCGCAAGUCGCUCGGCGCGCUCUCCGUCGAGGUGAUCGAGUCCGCCGUCGUGGCGGAGGCCGACCGGGCCUCGGCCAGUCCAGGCGGCAGCGACAGGCAAGGCGUCCCCAAGCGCAAGGGCCUCGCGCCGCGACCGCCCUCCGCCCCCGUCACUCCCGGCGCCGCCUCGGCCGAGGCCAUCACGCCCAUGGCAUCACCCUCGUCCCUGGCCUCGUCCCCGGCCUCGGCCUCAGUCGCACUAGUCAACGGCAUGAGCGGCGACGAGUCCCUGCUGUCGCUGCAGUCCCUGCACUCGCUGCCCAUGCACUCGGACUCGGAGUCCGAGGCGGACAGCCCCCUUCCGCCCGGCCUGGCCUCCGGACCGCGGACCACCAUCGAGCUGACGUCAUCACACGUGACCGUGCACCACAGCCAUGGCCUCGGCCUCGACGACGACACGACCCGCAAGGCGGCCUCCCUGGGCGACUUGUCCCGCAUCGGCGACAAGCUGACGGGCGUGGCCGUGCUGGAGAGAGCCGUCUCCCUGGACCUGGACGCGCCCAGCCACGGCAAGAAGCGCAAGGCCCCGGCAGCACCCGCCACAGAGGCCGAUGACCUGGACGACGACCUCUCCCUGGACGCCAUGGAUGACGCCGGCGUGUACGGCAUGGGGCGGAAGGAGCCCCGCCUGGACAUGGUGGUCAUGGGCAUGAACACUUUCGAGCGGAGCCGGCUGAAGAAGUCCUCCGACUGGGGCACGCUGGAGGAGGCCUUGGCCUCGGACAGCAGCCAGGUGCAUGUGCUCACUUCCACGGCCCCCACUGUGGCCGAGCUCCACCCGAAGGGUGAGCUCAAGAACUCGUUCUUCGUUGGGGGUAGGAAUUUCGGCCUGGAUGGUCCCUUGACCUCCGAUGAACAGCCCUUCAGCUUCACGGCCUCCUCGAUGGAGCCCUUGAGCAUCGAGGUGCGCGCCGAGGCGUCGCCGGCUGGGCCUUCCCCGGCCGUGGCCUCGACGAGCAGCUCGGACCGCGACGACCGCGACAGGGUGCUGUGGUCCGUCCCGGGCGAGAGUGGUCAGGCCGGCCCGGCGAGGAUCAGCGUCAACAGCUCGAUGGACGUGGACCCCGCGCUCCCCGCGUCCGGGCCCACCUCGCUCAGCUCCCUCACCAUCGUCAGCUCGACGCCGAUGCGGCCCAGCCACGACGUCGCCAGAGACGCCGUGCAGUCCCCCCUCGUGUCGUCCAGCGAAGUGAACCGAGCCCUGGUGUCCUCCUCGUCGGCGGCCUUCGUGUCUACCACGCAGCUCAACUCGCUGGAGCAGGACACCGCGGACGCUGCCUUUCUGACCGCCGUGGACUCGUCCACGCUCAUGCUGGACGCCGCAGACGUGGACUCUGACGACGAGGCAGCGUCCUCGUCACCGCCUGAGCUGCCCACCUCUCCCGUGCCCAUGUCCUCCCUCACGUACGUCACGGAGAUCCAGGUGACUACCCCUGGCUCGUCCAAGGUUCACAACGGCUUCUCGUCGCCGCCCCAGAGUCCCCGCAGCAGCAGUCCUGUCGCCUUGGGCGAGGACACCCCCAAGGCAGCUGAGGUGACCGUGUCGCCAGCGUCGUCUCCGGAGCUAUCCAACCUCGAGCAGUCCGUAGUGAACGUCAACGGCGACAUCAACGGCCGCGACGCGUCACCCGCAGCUCUGCCCUCGGCGUCUCCCUCGGCGUCUCCCUCGGCGUCUCCCUCGGCGUCUCCCUCGGCGUCGCCCUCCGCCUCGCCCUCCGCGUCGCCGUCGACUCCCACGGCGUCGCCCUCCGCGACCGCGACGACGCCCAAGGCGGGCAGGAACGUGAGCGUGACCGCCAUCCAGGGGUCGCGCAUCCCCGUGCGGUCGGCCGGGUCGGCCAGCCACAGCCCCGACGCCUCUCCGGCGCGGGGCAGUGCAGGGAACGCCGGGAGUGGCGGCCCCAGCGGGGCGUCGCCGGCCACCUCGCCGUUGCGGCCCCCCGUGCCCGCCAGGCGGACAGGCGACCUCACGCCGCGCAAGGCCAACGGCGCCAACGGCGCCAACGGCGUCCAGAUCGUGUCCACGGAGCAUGCGCCAUGAACGCCGGCAAGGCCCUGUUCCAGGUCGCAGCCAGCAGUGCGGACCUUGUGAUUCUUGAAACAAUGUGUCAUAUCUAUGCAAGCAAGUAGAAUCCCCCGAAAAUAAAAUUAAGCAGCAAAUGAAGCCCUGAGUGAAAUUUGCUCAAGUGAUUUGCUGGAAGAAAAUUGUCUGUUGGUUUUGCUGUAACAGAAAUGCAUUUAGCUGCUACGGGAUGGAUGCAGGUCACUAUGCCUGGGUAUACUUUUUCAACUUGAAAUUUGGUAAAGUUUCAUUUUGGCGGAAGACUUUUUAGUGUUUACUGGUAUUUAUAAUUUAUUUAUUUUAUAAAGGUUUGCUUUUUGGAGUGUCUAAGAUCAAUCCAUCAAUUAUGUUGCUAUGAGAUUCUCUGGUUCUUUGAUGUUGAGUUUUACAUUCCAGUCAAGUAUUAAAAGUAAAUUGUAAUGGUAAUGAAGGGUUGGUUUCCUCAUCAGAGACAGCAAGGAGGUGCUAGUACAAACAGUCGCUUGUGCCAAACACCUGCUAUUAAAAGCCCUGUUAUUUGCGUUUUCGUGAUGGUAAUUUAGAGCAGGUUUCAGGCACAUCUAUAGCUGCACCUCAUUGGCUGACAUUGUUCUCAAGCAAUUUCAAUGAAUUGAUGUGUAGGAAUGUCUGUAAACUACAGAGCUAUAAGUGCCCUGAUUUCAUUUAGCCAUCUGUUGUCAAUAUUGUUGUUACCUAGACGGUUUGUACAUAGCAUGUAAAUUAUGUAUUUUUAUUGUCCUAAUUAAGUAGUUUUUUUAAACAAUUGUUGUGCAAUGACAUUUUAAAGAGAGCAUGUUUGUUAUGAUCUGUGCCACUGACUUGUACCAUUUAUUAUAGGUAAGAAGGGUUUAAUAAAAUGUUGAUAUUUUUUUAAAUUGCAAAAUCAAAUGUGGAUUGAAGUUUUUAUCUGCUAACCACAACAUUUAUGUCUGUGCCAUGAACUAUCAAUAAUAAUUCUUGGUGGGUCCUGCAGUGUGUCGGAGGUAUCCUUGUUUUUGUUUUAUUUUUAUGUUGUUCACCAACAAGUGGUUGAAUGUGUAUGGUCGCCACAAAAUUAAAGCUCAUUCUGUUUUAUAAAUGUGACAAUUUGUCAUAAAUAAAAUUGUUAAAAAAUAAAACAUCCUUUUCUGGA